CAUUUUUGGGCACGCAACACUUCUGUACUCUUGUCUUCCGCACAUGAUUGCCGUCCUAAUUGAUCAGCUGGAUUCACAAUGUCUCCUCCUGAUCCUACCCAUUUCCUCGUUUCUUCGAGUUGUGGCCAUUUGCUCUGUCGAAUGUCCUCCUGGUAGCGGACAGCCAUAUAUUUGUCGCCAUGCUCGCUGCACGCAAUUAUCGUAAACAAGAUGCAUAUCACGAAAAUUUCUUGCGCGCCGUUGCCGAGCGUGAAAAAAAUGAACGAAACCAACCUCGACGAAAAAAAUGGUCAUCUGAAAGAUCUGCAGCUAACAGGAAGCUACUGGAAAAGGUGGUGACCUUCAAUGCCAAGCUGUCUGAGGAAUCCUUGAUCAACGUAGCUGGUGUUCUCAAGAAGUGGCAAAGUUACUGCAAGAUAGUCAAUCUCGGAGACUGGGAACGGAUGCUUGUCGAAAUUCGACCUGCCAUCGCCAUGGAUUUCUGUAGAUUCAUCUGUGAAGACUGUAAGAUUACGGCCAGCAGCUCUUUGCAUCUUUACUUCAGGCAACUUCAGCAGCUCUACACCAGACAUGCAGGCAUAUUCAUGGACCGCAAUGUUGCCAAUUCCGUCCGUCAGCACAUCGAUAUCAAUUUAGUGCCUGAAUAUGGCCUUCGCCCCCCCAACGUCAAUGGCAAGCCUGUUGUAAGCGUUGCUGAGCUACGGGUCAUUCUUACAUUCAACAUGGCAUACGAUACUACUGUGUUCCCUGGAGAGCGCCAUCGCCUCCAAUUAGCAGCCUGCUAUCUAAUUCAAUGCUACACCGGGGCCAGACCUGCUGAGCUUGUUAAGGCCGAGAGAAAACGGCCGAAAGGUACAUCCAAAGAAAAGCUCUUCACCUCCAUGGCUAUCAUGGCCUCAAAGGAUAGCACGGACGACUCUUCCGAUGAUACCUCCUCUUCAUCAGAAAAUCCAUUCCCAGCAGCUAGAAUCACUCGCGGACGACCCAAAGCACUCUGCUACGAAGAUAUCAAUAUGAUGUUGGUACGUCAUCCAACCACUGGUCGAGUUCUUCCGGCCAUGUCGAUUCGAUUUACCCAUCACAAAGGAUCAGACAAUAAACUGAAGCCCACGACCUUCUUCUUUACCGCGACGAACAAGCUUCUGUUUUGCUCGGUGAGCAUUAUCAUGGCCCUUGCGCUUGAUGAUGGAGCAUUUGCAGCAGAGAACAUUACAGAUGCAGCGAGUGUACUCAAGCUGGGAAUUCCCGCUGGCAAAUCAUCCCAGCCUUUGCGAUGGAAGGCGUCAAAACUGAAGAUUCCUGUGUUUCGGAAAUUUGAACGAAACGGCCAGCUUUCCGAAGAGGAGGCCAUGCUCUACAGCAAAUACUCGUUCGAUCUUGGCAAUCAGAGUGAAAACGCAGGCUUUGAGAUUCGUUGGACAUCCAAGGUUUUCCGCAGAGGUGCAUCAAAUGCUGCAAAUGGAAAUGCCCCAGACCCAGUUCGAGAUCAGAUGAUGCGCCACAACCCUGGAUCGACCACUUUCUCUGGAGCAUACUUGAACGAACAAGUGAAUUUUGAUCUGCAGAAUACCUUCCUCGAAGAGGAAACCGAGGAUGAGCUUUACAAGCUAUUUGCUCAUGUCAGCUUGACGCGCGACCCUCGGGCCCAUCGAGACAUGAUUCCUCAACAUAUUUGGGACCGACUGGCUCCGGAUCCUGAGAUUACCAAGUUAGAGCAGGAACGAGCGAUCCUGAAACGGGGACAACACCGAAUUCAGGGCAGUGACGAUGAAGUGCAGAUCCGUAUUCUGACAGAAGACAUCAGAAGAAUGCGUACACAGCGCGAAGCCAAGAUUGUGAAGCAGUUUCGCCAAGAUUACUUCUAUAACAAGCCGACGCAGGAUAUUGAACAACAAGCCGGAGGUGGUAUGGAUGAAGAGUACCCGUCCCCUGAGGUUGAUCUGGAGAUCAUUGAGCGAGCCAGAUUAGCUGAAGCGCUGUGUAACCAGCCCGAUGACAUGACUUUUGACGAGAUAACCGAGCUCCGCCUGAAGGCGAUCGAUUUCAUGAUGGCAUUAUGUGCCAGGAGAGAGACUGUCAAGCGCAAUCGCAUACGCCAGCGGGCAAAAGCAACAACAGCAGUGCAAAUCGAUCCUCUGAAGCAGGAGUCUGAACAGAGAGACUACCCACUUCUGAUGGAUCCAAGGGAGUGCCCCGACUGCAUCGGCGAUGAACGUCUCGUUGAGGCACAGCGACGAUUCCGGUACAGUCGCCCCGAAGUACGCAACAAUCAUUUCGAAAAACACCACCUUGAAGAGAGGGAGACCGCGGAACGUCGCAGAGACGGGAUUCAAUGCAAACAUCCCGAGUGCAAAGAAGAGAAGUUCAAGACAGUAGAUCAUUUCAGAGCACACGUGUCUACAGUUCAUGGGGUCCAGCUGAGGACGUCGGAAAGUGUUCGGAAAAAGCGGCACGCAGAUGACCGGAAUAGGCAGAUGCGUUCAUCCAAGAAACACCGUGGUAGCUGA